AUGACCACUUCUUCUGCCUCCGGAAACGGGCACCACCCUGUGUCGGCCUCCUCUUCCAGACGCAACCUUCUCACUCAGUCAAGCAAACACCAAAACUCCCAGUCCUUUGCCGACUUUUUCUCAGCCUCAACCCCUGUUCCAGCAUCCGUCACCCUCCUCCUCAGUUACACCAGCCCGGCCAUCCAUGCCUUCCACCGUCUCCUGCAGCUGCUGACCUGGACCUCUGGUCGAUCCGUCAAGAGCUUUUUGGUCCUCUUCGCCUGGUGGGCUAUCUGUCUUGGCACAGAGUCCUUUAUCAUCUUUGGGCUCCAUGGAGUUUUGAUUCUUUACACCGGGCGUAUGUGGGUCAAAUCGCGCAAGGCCAACAAGAUUGCGAUCGACGGUAUGCCUCAGAGCCCAACCACGCCCCUCUCGGGCAAGUUCUCGUUCUCGAGCAGUAUUCACUCCGGCAGGAGCAACUUUAUUCACUCGCCCAGCUCUGCACGCCAUCCCACGACAACUCAAUUGGAGCAAGCAGAUACCCUUCGCGAGAUUCAGGAGAUUUUGGACCAUUGGGCUGCCUGGAACAGGGCAUUGGACAGGGCAGAGACGUAUUUCGACUGGUCGGACAGGUCUCGGACCCAAUUGGUGCUGGGCCUUCUCAUCUUGAGCUAUGUCCCCUGGUUGAUCCUCACCUACUUCAUCCCCAUGCGGUUCAUCAUGGUCGUUGCCGGUACUAUCGUCAUUUGCUGGCGUGCGCCUUGGUUCGCGGUCCUUUGGGCCGUCACCAUGAGGCUCCAGACCUUUUCCCCUCUGCUGCAGUUGAUCCCCUACUGGCCCUUCCGCCCAGAGACUGGCUCCAACUACCAGAUCAAGAGAAGGUUCUCAGUCAAGGACAUUAUCUCCAGAGCCAUCGGACAGCGCAAGAAGAACGACGCGGAUGCCUACAAGACGUAUAAAACCAGCACCGGAUACGAUAUCGAGGAAGACCAUGCUACCAUGUACUAUAAGUUUGUCCUCUAUGAGAACCAGCGUUGGUGGUUGGGACUUGACUGGACUCCCAUGAUGCUCCCCAAUGAUCGCGCUCCAUGGACUGAUGAUCAUCUGGAACCAACUCAGAGCAAGUCUGCCUUCCAAUUGCCUCCUCCACAUGUGGCCCAUGAGGCCAUCCCCGGUCAGCCCAACAAGGUCCUCCGCAAGUCUCAGGAGUGGCGUUGGCUCGACCCCAGCUGGCGCCUCAAGCUUGGAUCGGGCUCGGAUGUUGACGGCUGGGAGUUUGCCAACAACCACUGGCAGAAAUGGUCGAGCAAGAACCGCCGUGGAGCAUACACACGUAGAAGAGCCUGGGAGAGGACUGCUAAGCUUAUCGACCAGCGCGAAGUUGUGCUGCUGGAAGAUGUUCAGGAUGAGCUCAAGUCUGUGCAACAUGAUCACGAAGAAGAGGCAGAGGCAGAAGAAGAAGAGGAGGAAGAAGAAGAAGAGGAGGAGGAAGGUGAGGAUGAGGAAGAGGAGGAAGAGGAAGAGGAGGAGGAGGAGGAAGAGGAGGAGGAGGAGGAAAAGAAGCACUAA